AUGGCCAAAUACAAUUGUAAGAAGUUGGUAUUCUCUUCAUCAACAACUGUGUAUAGACAGCUGAAGAAAAUUCCAUGUGUUGAGGACUUUGAACUCAAGGGAAUGAACCCAUAUAGGCGCACAAAGCUGUUCCUUGAAGAGAUUGCUCGAGAUAUUCAUAAUGCAGAUUGGGAGUGGAAAAUAAUACUGCUGACUUCUCUUGCAGCUGCAAGAGUCUGGAGAGAUGGGCAGAAGAAGAGAGUAUACAUCUAUAGGUUUUUGAGCACUGGAACUAUUGAAGAAAAGAAUGAUUUGGUGCCAGAUGAGAUAGCUCCAAAGAAGGUGAUGAACAUUGUUAGACGCCUAGAAGAAGGCCUGUUCAAGACUACAACCACAAAAGAGGAAUACAUGAAUUUAGAUACAUUGGAAAACCGUUUACAUAUUCUAAUCAGACGCCUCCCGUUGUGCAACCAAAAUCAACAUUAUCAGCAACAAGGCAAUACCUCUGUUCCCAUGGGAACAAUGAUUCCAAAUCUGGGCAUGGCACAAAGUGGGAACUCAAAUAUAAUGGCCACAUGA